AUGAUCCCCACAACUACAUUGACAACCACACUAACACCUCCAACUGACAUAACAACCGUAGCUGUGUCAGUGUUCACCAUCGCGCCACCAACAUCAUCACUCGCUGCCGCAUCAACACUAGCAACUACACCAACUUCUGCGCCUGCACCUACGCCUACAUCUGUAUCCACACCCACAUCCAUGUCCAUGCCAGCAAUCAUUUUAGUGCCCAUGAUUGCACCGGCACCGACACCCAUGUCUGCGCCAGCCGCAACAGUCACGGCAAUGCCCCCAACCCUGCAAAUGUCUGCAACUAUGCAGGCAUCAACAAUGGUACCGAUGCCUCCAAGUGAAUCAUCGCCAGCAACCACAUCAGUGCCUAGCACAAUCACGCCGACCCUCACAAGCAUGCCAAUGCUGAUGACUCUUGCUAGUGUGUCCCCCAUACCUGCCGGUGCUCCAAACAGCAGCACUCAGGAUCAGAAUGCGAGCAAUCAUGGCACUCAGAGGAAGACCACACCCUUCUGCCCCAUGCCCACCGUGUCCAUCUCCCACUGCAACACCGUGCAGAAUGCCCGCCAGGCCUGCCCUUUCCCCUUCUUACCUACAGCACUUGCUACUAUCUGUGUAUUCUGCCGCGGGCCGAGCGGGACCUCCUUGACAAUUGCGCCAUAUAUCUGCGGCGCCACAACGGGCGCAGGGUACUUGGUGCUCGAGAGCGACAGUGAGGCCGCACGGAUCAGGAUGAGCAGAUCUGUCUUAGAUGCCUGCUCCCCCAUGUUGCCAUUGCCCUCCCCCCGCUCUUCCUGGAUGCGCACGGUGACUGGCAGCAGCAGCAUCUGGCUAGUACACCUGAUGGUACCUAGGCAGCAUUUGAGAAGCAUUGGAAGGGCUUGUCGCCAGAAUGCAGAUUGGCAUACAAGCAUUCAUAAACACACUGUGAGCAUCAAUGUUAGUAAUCGGGCCCCUUGA